GAAAUGGACCUGACCGACAGGGUGAUGCGUUGCUUCAAGCCGUCCAAAGUGUUCGACAACAGCCGAGAACUGGUCAACAGUUUGGACUUCGCGGCGGCCGGUGACUUUGUUGUGACGGGCGGUAGCGAUGAUCAGAUCGUGUUGUACAACAGUAUGUACGGCGAGCAGAAGAAGAUUUCCUUGACCAAGAUGUAUGGUGUCGGUCAAAUAAUAUUCGGACACACUAGCACGACGGUUCUUCACUCAUCGACUAAAAUCAACGACACCAUCAGAUAUUUAUCUUUGCACCAAAAUAAGUAUAUUCGAUAUUUCAUAGGCCACACAAACAAAGUUACUUCAUUAAUUAAAUCACCAGUUGAAGAUAUAUUUGUGAGUGCAUCAUUGGACAAUAGUCUCAUGUUAUGGGAUUUAAGGUCCCCAAAUUGUGAAGCCCAUAUUAGUGUAGCUGGAAGACCUGUGGCAGAUUUUGAUCCAAAUGGUUUAGUGUUGGCAGUCGGCAUAAAUUCUAAAACAAUUAAAAUGUUUGACAUCAGAAAUUUAAAAAAUGGAUCAUUCAUUACUGCAAAUUAUAAUGAGUAUAAGCAAUAUGAUUGGACGGAUCUCAAAUUUAGUCCAAAUGGCAAGUUCAUAAUUAUACCUUCUGAUGGGCCCUUAAUAAAAUUGAUAGAUGCCUUCAAUGGUGAACCUAUUAAUUCAUUCGUUGGCCACCAGAAUAAAAAUAGUAUUCCUGUUGAAGCUUCAUUCAGCCCGGACUCAAAGUACGUUAUCAGUGGGUCAAAUGAUAGCCGUAUUCAUGGAUGGAAUAUAAAAUCAGGAUCUAAAGUUUGCAUACUAGAAAGUUAUUAUAAUGGUCCAAUUAACUGCGUUAAAUUCAAUCCCAAAUACAUGAUGAUAGCCUCAACAAGUACAAAUAUGGAAUUUUGGUUACCCAAGUAUAAUUUUAUAUAG